AUGUUCACUAACGUAUUUGGUAUCACAGGAGGUGGAUUUAUGUCGAACAAUCGCAAGGAUGAGAAUGAAAUCAAUUUCAUAUUCCAUGUUCAUAUGCCAGAAAAUAUUGAUACAUUGGUCAACCCGUUAUGA